AUGGCAUCAAUGGCAAAAUACCAGACUCUCGGUAAUGAAGACGCCGAAAAAACGCUAGAAUCCGCACCUCCCCAGCCAAAUACAAUAAUAAGUCUCCGUCAAACCCUCCGAAACAGCCUGGCGUUCCUCCUCGGCGUCCUUCUUGCAACCACUACCCACGCAUUAUUUAUACCAGUGCCCACAGCCUCGCUAUCAGAUACCUAUUUACAACGUCAGGCCGCCAUUACACGGGUCACCUCGUGCGGCAAAUCCGUCGCGGAAGCCAAGCAACGAGGCUGCGUGUACGAUCCGGCCCUCCUUUAUUGGACGCGGCCCUACUGCCAAGCCGAGGACAUCGCCGACGAGUUUAUCCGUAACCCCGUCCACGAGGUCUUCUUUGACAAGGAGAAGCUGCACGCGCUCAACCUGACGUACGUUAGGACCGGCGAGUUCGGCGAGGCGUACGAUCGCGUUGAGCACCACAAGGGACACUGCAUUAACUCGUGGAAGGUGCUCACGCAGGCCGCGACGCGCUUCGGUCCGCAAACGCCCGAAUUGCUGUUACCUGGUAUGGCUGUGGAGUGGGGGCAUACUGUACAUUGCAGCGACGACGUCGUGGUGCCGAAUGAGGAGAGCAGGUGGAGGUCGAAACCUUUUGUCAAGUUUUGGCCUGGAAUUAAAGGUUGCUAUUUGCUAAGGGCACCAGAACUGCCGGAUUUGUAUUAA